UUAAGUUACAUUGGAUUGUUUUAUAGUUAAUUACCUAUCAUUGUUGAUUUUUGUAAGCAUCGAUGAAUGUGUAGCGGGUUUUGAUUAAUCCGUUAAUUGUUUGAAGUAAUAUGGGACAUUUAUUGACAAUGAAUGUAGCUAGUCACUUUGUUUGGCCGUAUACUCUAUACUAUGGCUCCUCUAGCUAGGCUGGACAAUAUUAUGCGUAAAUCUGCCUCAGGAGUGAUAUUUGUUAAUAGCAACAUGGUACAAACACCACCACCAGUGGACUGAAACCCACUUAGCGUUUUAACAAUAAAAAAUUACCAAAUUGUGAAAUAUCCACUAUUGUUAAAUGUUAAGAAUAUGUCGUUGUAUAAUUUCUUUUUUUCUCCAUUGUCCAGAGGGGAGGUAUCUUGGUAGGCAGAUCUGCAGCCCAUUAGCAUUAGUUCAAAUUAGUCGUCCAUACCAAGUUUAGCAAUAUGCUAAUAUAUAGUUAUACAACACUACUUUGACCUGCCUUUUAACAAAUGUAUUGUCUUCCUUUAGCCCAGGCACAAUUUUAUUUAUGACCGAUUUCUGAGACAAGCUGUACAUAGUGAUGGUGGGCCGCUGUCUUUUCCCUUUCCUGGAAUCUUUUUAUGGGACAACUUCGUAUCAGAGGAGGAGGAGAGGGAGUUGAUAACCAAUAUGGACCUGGAUGCCUGGAAAGUAUCACAGUCUGGCAGACAGAAACAGGACUUUGGCCCUAAAGUGAAUUUCAAAAAACGUAAAGUACGUCUUGGUGACUUCUGCGGCCUGCCUGCAAUCAGUCGUAAUUUGGUGUUGCGGAUGUCCCAGGAGCCGGUUCUAGCUGGGUUUCAACCAGUGGAGCAGUGCAACCUGGAUUACCGCCCACAGCGUGGGUCUUCCAUAGACCCACACCUGGAUGACACCUGGCUGUGGGGGGAGCGUCUGGUUACUAUCAACCUGCUUUCAGACACCACCCUCACUAUGUCCCUGGAGCAGGGCUUGACAGAACUGGGGCAGGGGGAGGUCAGGGUUUCAGUGCACCUUCCCCGCAGGUCCCUUGUGGUGGUGUAUGGCGAAGCACGGCACAGAUGGAAGCAUGCCAUACAUAGACAAGAUAUCCAUGAGCGCAGGGUGUGCAGUACCUUCAGGGAGCUGUCUGCUGAAUUCCAGUCUGGCGGAUCGCAGCACCACUUAGGCUCCCAACUGCUGGACAUUGCUCUGGGGUUCAAGGGUACACCUGUUUAAAGACAAUGCAAUGAUUACGAUUUCACAGUUUUGUUAACAGUCAUGAUUUGGCCCAUUGGUGUGUGAUUCGCCUGGUUUAUUGAAAGUUGGAUUCCUUGAUUAAUUGAAUCUGUGAAAUUCAGUUCUGGUGACUUUGUGCCAAUGACAACGAUGAAUGUUGAAGUUAUACUGCAUUUCAAUUACAAUAUUGAGAAAUAAAACCUUUUAUUACAGAC